GAAGAAGCUUUUGUUUCCGGUUCCGGGUCAACGAUAUCAUUCACAAAUAGGUGAAAUGCUGACCCGACUGUCGCGGUUCGGGCCCGCUUUGCCCCGGUUACUCUCUAAACCUCCGGCCCGGUUCGUCUCCCAGUCGAAGCCCAGCGGUGCCGCCGGUGCUCCCGCUGUGACGGAGCUGCACGGAGCCUUGGAGCCGGCCGGACACGGAGAGGUCAGCCCGUACGUCAAGAAUCCAGAUUACCAUGGAUUCUCCAGUGACCCUGUGGUGGAUGAGUGGAACAUGAGGUUGGGCUUCUUCUUUGGCAUCUCAAUGGCUCUUGUUAUUGGAGGAACAUUUAUCCACUAUUUACCAGACCACGGCAUGCGGCAGUGGGCCAGAAGGGAAGCGGAGCGUGUAAUCCAGCUGAGAGAGAAGGAGGGUCUUCCCGUCAUAGACGAGAACUAUUACGACCCAAACAAGAUUGUUCUGUCCACAGCUGGAGAGGAGUAGGAUGUCCAACAUCCACCUACUGUAUUUCACGAUUAUUGUAUUUCACUAUGACAGAAUAAAUGAUGUACUUGUUGAAUUGUGUAAUUAUUAUGUGUGGACAAUGACUUCUUGAGACAGCAUUCUGAAUGUUUCUGAAUCAUGAAUUAAAGGUAAAUCU